CAGUAAAGUAGAUGAAGUAAAUUGUGUUACAACUUGGUUUUUUUUUCUCGCCCCUUGUGUCAUUUCGCAGCUUGUGCUGUCCAUCAUGUGGAUGUGUCCAGGCGCACAGCUGUUCCGCCCCCUGCAGGAAACAUUCGCAGCUCCUGGGAUUAUUCCCUCUUUUCCAGGGGCCAGUCACGUGACGCAGUGCAUAUCAGGGGGACGCCAGCUUUCCGUCCUCGCACUUCUUUUUCCAGUGGACAACUGUGGAGCCUCGCACCUUCAACUGGAACAGCCGGGGGAGCACUUUUGGACAUUAAAAAAAAGAAAAAAGGAGGGGAUGUGAGGGAUGGAGCGGCAAAAAUCGCGAGAAUUUGCGCGCUGCUUCCAGUAGCGCGCACGGCUGGACUCGGCGAAUCCGGGUCGGUGUUGUUGGUCCAACUUUUGUGCGUCUCCACCUGGCCGUCCGAUCGGGUUGAGUGCGUGUGGGCGCGUCGUCAUCGUCAUCUUCCUCACGCUUGCAUUUGGAAGCCGCAGACGCAGUGAGCUGCAGCCAGCCUGGGUGCGAGUUUGACGGUCCUGCCUUCACUUCAACAAAAAGUGUCCGAUGUCCGCGCACAGGAUGAUGAUCAUUGGACUCCUGCUCAGCGUCUUCUCCUAUGGUAGCGUGCCGGUGUCGGCCUCCUUAGACUGUCUGGUGGCCGAGCAGGGAUGCGUCCAGGAGCAGUCCUGCAUGGUACCGUACCGCCUGCUUGAGUACUGUGUGGCAGAGGAAGCGGUUUCGCCCCUCGGCCCGGAAGCCCGCACCGAGUGCCUUGAGGCUCAGAACUCCUUGCAUCACCAUCGCCCCCUUCAAGUGUGCAAAUGUCAGCGUGGCUCACGCAGGGAAGAACACUGCCUCAGGGUCUACUGGACUGUGAGGUUUGGAGCAUAUGAUGAGUAUGAAAUAUCUCCAUAUGAAGAACUGGAGUUGAAUCUGGUGCGAAACAUUGAGAUGUCGCACAUGGCCUCCAUCAUGGCGGCUUCCUCAGUGUCCGUCGACGGACACAAUCAGUGUCUGAAGGCUGCCCAGGACUGCGGCCUUUUUGAGAAAUGCGGCUCCCUGCGCUCAGAGUACGUGGUGGCGUGCACCAAGCGAGCGGCGGCCUCCGACAGCAGCUGCAACCGACAAAAAUGUCACAGAGCCCUACGGCGCUUCCUGGAGCGCGUCCCCGAGGAAUACAGCUUUGCGUUGCUUUUCUGCCCCUGCUCCGAUACCUUAUGCGGGGAGCGCCGCAGGAAAACCAUCGUCCCGUCUUGUUCCUACGAGGAGAGCGCCAAGGGCGAUGACCGAGUGGGCAAGCCCAACUGCCUCAGCCUGCAGAACUACUGCUCCAGAGACGAGCUGUGUAGAUCCCGCUUUGCUGAUUUCCAACACAACUGUCAGCCAGCUCCUCUCUCAGCUUCUGGCUGCAUGCGAGAGAGCAGAGCCAUGUGCCUCAAGGCCUACGCUGGACUCAUAGGCACAAUCAUGACUCCCAACUACGUGAGCAACAGCAGCACAGAGGUGUCCCAGUGGUGCACGUGUGACGGCAGCGGCAACGAAUGGCAGGGCUGCCAGCGCAUCCUGCACAUGUUCAAAAACAACAUUUGUCUGCGUGCUGCCAUCAGCUCCAUGGGAAUCUCCGUGCCGCCCCCCGCUGAGAGCAGCUCCGCUCCAUCCCCCAAGCCCUCGCCGAGAGUCCACCAGGAGACGGGCCACGGCGUCAACACUCUCCCGGAAUUCACCAGCAUAGAGACCAGCGAGGACGUGGAGCAAGAGGAGGUUAAGAGCGAAGAAUUCAACAUCAUCCCACCGUAUUCAGAGAAAGACUCCAACACUGAGUCGAGGGCCACAGAGAGGCAGCAAGGAGCCGCCGGCCGAGCGGCGCCCUUCUUCCCGCUAUUGCUUCUGUCUGCACUCAUCCUGGACUUGGACUGUCGGAGCUACUAAAGCCUCCAUCUUCUCCUCACGCUCUCCUCUCAUUUCCACGUUCAAAAACCAUGUCAAGCCUGUGAGGGAAGUUGUGACGAAGCAACGGCUUUCGUUUAAAAGACUCCUUAAGAGUUAAAAGAUAUCAUUCGUGCGGCACUAUCAGUGUCUUUAGCUCCAGAGCAGAUAGAGGAGUGCAUGACUGAACUGAGAAGUGCUGCUGGGGCAAGUAGUCCAUCCAGAGCCUGCUUCACACUCUAAAGUACAUCCUCUCUUUUUAACAAGAAGCACAUUGCCAAAGGCCACACUCACUGUACGUGAUCUCCCUCCCCACGAAAAAAAAAAGCGUUGUCCAGUGCAACCAAGCCACAGUACGCCUUCUGAAUUCUUUUUCAUGACUCAUACGGCUUUCCCUCUCCCUCCAUCAUCCCAUGCUGUACAAAGAUGGUUUGCUGAAUGAGUUCAUCAUUAAUGGGAAGUCCACCUCAUGCCACUCCACAACUCUGUUUGAAGAACAAAGGUAGAGGUAACGUACUUAUUAUUAAGCGCAUUAGGAUCCGUCCUGGUUGUUGCAUUAAAUCGAUCGCGACUGGACUACUUAGGUUGUGUUAGAAGACGUUUUACCUCUUCACCAGUUCAUGCUCAAAUACUUCAUAGGCCAUCUCUCAUCUGAGGGGAUGCCAUAGGGCAGUGCUUUUCAACCACUGUACCGCACACUAGUGUGCCGUGAGAGACAAUCUGGUGUGCCGUGGGAGAUGAUCUAAUUUCACCUAUUUGGGUUAAAAUAAUGUUUUGCAAACCAGUAAUUAUAGUCUGCAAAUGAUGUGUUGUUGUUGAGUGUCGGUGCUGUCCAGAGCUCGGCAGAGUAACCGUGUAAUACUCUUCUAUAUCAGUAGGUGGCAGCCGGUAGCUAAUUGCUUUGUAGAUGUCGGAAACAGCGGGAGGCAUUGUGCAGGCAAAAAGGUGUCUAAUGCUUAAACCAAAAAUAAACAAAAUGUUAGUGCCCCUAAGAAAAGGCUUAGGGAAGGCUAUGCAGAAACUAAAACUGAAUUGGCUACAAAUUAAAAACAGAAUGCUGGACGACAGCAAAGACUUACUGUGGAGCAAAGACGGUGUCCACAAAGUACAUCCGAACAUGACAUGACAAGCAACAAUGUCCCCACAAAGAAGGAUAAAAACAACAGAAAUAUUCUUGAUUGCUAAAACAAAGUAGAUGCGGGAAAUAUCGCUCAAAGGAAGACAUGAAACUGCUACAGGAAAAUACCAAAACAAGAGAAAAAGCCACCAAAAUAGGAGCACAAGACAAGAACUAAAACACUACACACAGGAAAACAGCAAAAAACUCCAAAUAAGUCAAGUACACCUACUUUGAGACAAGAGCUAUAGUAAUGUGUGCUCGGUUAUGGUUUAAAGUCAUAUCCAACAAUUGCGACAACGACUUUUUACUGUCAACUGAGUUUCUUUUUUUAAUUAUUUCUGCUGGUGGUGUGCCUCCGCAUUUUUUCAACACAACAAAUGUGCCUUGGCUCAAAAAAGGUUGAAAAACGCUGCCGUAGGGAUCCAGAGUAUUUUUCCUCUUAACGGUUGUUAAGAUAAACUCCACGGUGUCUUAGCGACUGUGGUUCUGCAGCACAACGGAGUGAAACCACUCCUCUUGGGGGAUAAAUACUUUGGAUCCAUCACCAUGCCCUCAGACCUAAGAUAAGAGGUGAAAUGUCUUCUAAAGUGAGGUAUCCACAUAAAGACUAUUGAGCUUAUUUUGGUCCCCAUUUAUCCCCUUCCGACCAAAGACGGCAAAAGCUUGAAUAUGGUAUGUCUCAUAUAAGAUUUUACACCAAAAAAGGAUCUACCGUAAAUUCCCGACUAUAAGCCACUACUUUUUUCCUAAACUUUGAACCCUGCGGUUUAAAAAACGGUGAUAGAUUUUUCUUUGCCGACGACCAUAAUGCAAAUAGUUUUCAAAGAAAAACAUGCAACUACACUAAAAAGGUGUCUUAUUGUUUGUGCUACGGCGCCAUCUUUUGGACAAGUUCGCUCACUGCAGGUGCUGCAGUGCCCUUCUGUUUAGAGCUUUCAACUGGAAGUACAAGUGCCAUUCCGUCUUUUAGUUGUCGAAAGGAUUCUUCGUUAAUCACUCCAAGCAACCGUUUGUAGGUUUCACAUUACAACUAAAACAAUUCAUAUUUACUAAACCAUCCCAUGUGUGACGUCUGUAGGAGUGUUUUCAUGCAUAUUCGUACGUUCUAUCGUAAUGUAAUGAAGAUAGCGUGGUUAGCAUGAACUAAUAUGCUAACAUGUUUACAAGUGUCUGUGUUAGUAUUAUUAACUUACAAUGGCAUUCUUUUUGUAUUGUUUCAAUUUCGUAAAUUCACCAAAACGUCACCGUGGAGUUACGAGUCUGUUGUGCUGAUUGGAGAGCUAGCCUCAGCAGCUAGUGGGUCCAUGACGAUAUGCUUUCUGUUUGGUUUGAUCAACCGUUUUACUACUGUGUUACAGGCACAGUUUGGAAACA